AACAGUGUGUUUACCUGCAGCCGCUGCGCGUCAGUCCGCGGCCCCGGUGAGCGGAGCGGUGCGAUUACAGCGAUAUAAGCCCAACUCCGCUGUUCCGAGGAGCAUCACAACCACAUCCGUCUCGCGUGCGGUAUAAACCUCGUCCUGUUUUGGGCGGAGAGCCGCUGAAGCGAAGUGAGAGUGGCAUAAGUGUGGGAGCGCAGACUCCAGACCUCCGCCGUCCCCGGGCUGAGCUCCGUUGGCAGACCGCUUAGAGCAGCGCGAUGGCGGCUGAAGUGGACCAGUGGAGCGCCGCUGCUGUUCAGGCCGAUGGUGUGUUGCAGCCGGAGGAAGUGGAGAAUGAUGAUGGUGUGUACGAUGAUGAAGAGCUGAAUGAAGGAGAGGUUAAUGGUAAUUGGACCCCUCAGGAGAAAGCCCUGCAUGAGGCUCGACUGAAGGCUAAAGCGAAACGGAGGCUGAGGAAGUCCUCCUCCCGUGACUCUGCCCGCGAGAGUCUGUCUGAGGCUGUCGCUGGGGAAGCUGGGGCAGACCCCAACAGCCCCAAAGGGAAAGCCCUGCAAAACCAUGACCGAAAGUCACGCACUGGCAAGGGCCGUGGCCUGCCCAAAAAAGGUGGAGCAGGGGGUAAAGGUGUGUGGGGAGCUGCAGGGAUGGUGUAUGAGAUGGAGGAGCCAGACGCCAAAGAUCCGAACUACGACGAAUCUGCUCAGGGAGAUACGGUGUAUGCCACAGUUGUCCCUGAACUAGAGGAGGGUGAGCUGGAGAAGACAGUUAACCCGAUAGUACAGGAGUACUUUGAACAUGGAGACACCAGAGAGGUGGAGAUGCUAUUGAAGGAAUUGAAUCUGGGUCCCCAUAAGUAUGAGUUUUCCUCUCUGGCAGUGUCUUUGUCUCUGGAGGGUAAAGCAAGUCACCGUGAGCUGACAUCCCGCCUGCUGUCAGACCUGGUGGGGAAGGUGUUGCCUGAGAGCGACAUCGCCCGAGCUUUUGACAAAAUGCUCAAAGACCUUCCAGACCUCAUCCUGGACACACCUGAGGCUCCACAGAUGCUGGGCCAGUUUAUUGCGCGAGCCAUCGCGGACCAUGCUUUACCAAUGAACUUCCUCAGCCGUUAUAAAGGCAGAGUGGACUGUGACCAUGCCAGAGCUGCUCUGGAUCGGGCAUCUGUGCUGAUGUCAAUGAAGAGAGAGAUGGUGCGGUUGGAUAACGUGUGGGGAGUGGGUGGCGGACAGAGACCCGUCAAACAUCUCAUCAAAGAGAUGAACCUGUUGCUGAAGGAAUACCUGGUCUCAGGUGAGCUGUUGGAGGCAGAGCAUUGCCUGAGGGACCUGGAGGUGCCUCACUUCCACCAUGAGCUUGUCUAUGAGGCUGUAAUUAUGGUUUUGGAGUCUAAUGGAGAGACUGCUAUUCAGCUGAUGGUGAAGCUCCUGCAGGCAUUCUGGAAAUCGGGCCUGAUCACGCUGGACCAGAUGAACAGGGGUUUCCAGCGUGUCUAUGACGAGCUGCCAGAGAUUAAUCUGGACGUUCCUCGCGCUCACUCCAUCAUGGAGGCAUUUGUGGAUUUAUGCUUUCAGGAGUCCGUAAUUACCAAACAGCUCCGAGAUGCCUGUCCUGCCAGGGGGCGAAAGCGCUUUGUGAGUGAGGGUGAUGGAGGAGUUAUUAAAAGCUAAAUGGACAACGGGAACUGGCCCGUUCCCCCGCCAUCAUCACCAGCACAGAUGCACACACUUGGCCCUCUGGUCUGAGGAGGAAACUGCUCCUCCAGUUUUCUCUUGUUUUGGUUCCAUCUGAGCUCGUAUUCAGUUCAGUUUUCCUUUUUAUGUUUUUUUUUGUUUUUUUUAAGGAGCAAGAUAAUGAGGUGCUGCUGGUAGUCAGGUUUAUGAUUGUGAGCGGGGUUUAAUUUGCUUUGCAACAACGACCAUGCGUCUUUUUUUUUUUUUUUUUUUUGUGUUUCUUUUCAAUUUGCAUGUAUAAUGCAAAUAUGAAGAAGUGUUUUUAAAAAAAAAUAAUUAAAAAAAUGAAAGUUUGACAUGCAGCGCUUGUACACUAAAUGCCUGAGCUCAGAUACCGCUUGCUGAAGAUUUUGGGAUUGUUUCUGUAUCCUGAGCCCUGAGCUCCAGUGUCCGGACCAGUCCGUUUUCACAAAGCUUUAUUCACUUUUCUUUUUUUGUUUUCUCCCCCCCCCCCCCCCCCCCCUCGCCCUUGGUUUGUUGUGUUGGUGCCAAGAUGUUAACUGCAAAAAUAUUUUGGCAAGUGAGAUCAAUUUAAAUCCAGUCAAUAUAUUUAUCAUUUCUCUUCAUAAAAUUGAAAUGAAUCAAUGGUUAUACAAAAUAUUGUAACAUCACAUUCAGGUGCCUAAUGUUAAACAAGCAAAAUAUAUAGGAUGAUAAAUAUUAGAUAUAUUGACUAGAUUGAAGAUGCAUCCUCUUGCCAUCAGAUCACUUUUGCAGUGUUGGAGCAUUGAGUCCCCAUUUAAUUGGGUUAACUGUAAGACCAUUGAGUCCUCAUGAUUGUUUUACAUCCAUGUUCUGUACUCGUGUUAUUCAGAUGUUAUUCAGAUGUUGUUCAGUUUUCAGGUGAUUAAGGUUUUCAGGGGUUUGGUUUGUGUUCAAAAGUCAUUAAGAAUAGUGACAUCAGUGUGGGUGUGUAAGGCUGCUGACUUGGUCUGACCUACACUGCAAAUAUCUCUGCAAGUGAAAUCAUUCUGAUCAGUACUUCUCAUUAGGAAGUUGCAGUAAGAAUAUUAUGAGUUUAUUCAGCCUUCCAGUCCGUUUUACUCGUUUUUAGUAAUUCUAUCUGGUGAAAUUCUUACUCUGUCGGCAGAUGUUGCUUGUUUUGAGAGUUAAUGCUUAAAACAAGCAAAUAUUAGAUGGCUUUACUAGAUACGAAGUUUAGAUACAGUAAGUACUUUGAAAAGAUGAUUUCACUUGAUGUUCAGUUACAUGAGUUAUUUGUAAUUGCCAUGUGGUUAUUUAUGUUAACACAUCCUUUUCUGCUAAUUUUAGUUCACAGCUUCUGUUUAUUUACUGAAUUCAACAUACUGUGGGGGAAAAUUUUGCAGAUGUUGGGCUUUUUCCGGUAUGUUAAUUUCAGAAAAGGAAAUAAUGCUUGUAUGCUAAAAUUUACAGUGUAACCUAUUGGCAAUGAGAGACUUGCAUGAGACUGUAUAGCUGUUUGCAGUGUAAGCAUGCCAUCAGAACCAAUGUGACAUCACACAUCCCCACUGGUUUUUAUUUUUGUUUCUUUUUGUUUGUUUUUUUUUUUUUGUUUGUCUGCCCGGCCGAGUGCUUAAUGGAUUAACAGUUAUGCAAUUCAUCAGUCUGCCACAUGAGCGUAAAUAAGCAAACUUUGUUAUUAAUGAACAGUGGUCAUCUUUUGUGUAAAACAGAUGGCGUUGUUUCCUCAGGUACACUCUGCAACAAGGUUUCUGGUUCUUGGCUUAGACGAAUGGUUCUACAUGUAAUUGGUAUAUACCCUUUCAAGUAUGUGGCGAUCCCGCAAAUGUCUCAUUUACAGAUAUUUACAAAUAAAAAAAAAACAACUGUUCAAAGAGGGGAAAUAAAAGUGGUUCUUCUAUA